AUGCCUCCGUGGUCUUCUCGCUUGCUGUCCGGCGGCAGCUCCAGCAAUGCUGCUCCUGCACGCGGACAGCCAAGUAAUCCGCGCGACAAAGCACUGCCUCGACCGCCGCCAGAAUAUCUCGACCCGCCGACGCUCAACCCGGAGCGCAAUGCGCCCUCUCCAAGCCGGACACGUGCUUCUGGGGCGAGACAGCACGCUCACAGUCGCUCGGUGAGCAAUCCGCUGCCCAAGUUUUUUGGGCGCAAGAAGAGCAAUGGCAAUCUCAACUUCAAUGACACGGAUGUCCCGUUGGAUGACGAACUGGUACCUGUCCUGGACGGUACACCAGAUGAGAGGCCGGUGCGGGUCAUAUCUGGCAAGAAAGGGAAGUUGGACGAAGAUGACAAGACCGCGAGGCACUGUAUGUGCUGCGACAGUCGGGUUAAGGUCCCGCGAGAGCUGCAGAAGUUCAGAUGCAUGUGCUGUCUUACCAUCAACGAUCUGAAGCCAAUGGAGGAGCAAACGGAGUCCGACAAGGAGCGUCCCCAGGUCAAGCGAUCGGGGACAUACCCAGGUCAACUACCCCCUGGCGCACGACUUCCGAUAUCUCUGGACCAUACCAGCUCUCUCAUUGAUCGAUGUCUGGCUAAGUACCUCGAGGCCAGAUGUAGGAGGCAAGAGGAGCCAGUAGCCUUGCCACAGAAGCCCACUCCCAAGGAAGAUAUCUUCGCUCCUCCAGCUCGUGCACAUGACUUACCAGUGGCCACUCCAGAAGAGGAGUGCUAUGCUGGACAACGCUUGGGACAUCCACCUAUAUCUGGUUCGCCGCCAGACACGCCCCAAGAGGCAGAGUGGGCCAGCGCCACCAUUCGCGAUAUCGCCGAACUUAACAAGUUUGGCGGCAUGCGAAUGGAUACGCCGCCUCCUGAACAGAGUCUUACAGCACAAGAAGAGUUCGGGCCCUCGAGUGCCACAUCACGGCAGGCUGCCCCGAUACCCAUCAAGCCAACGAGGAAACCGCCUCCGCCGCCUAUGGCAUUUACGAAUCGGCGGCCUUCUCAAAAGUUACUCCCCGUCGGCAGCCUUACACCAACAGGAGCGCAUUCGCCUCGACCGGCAAUGAGCCCAAGAUUGACUGCCGAGGAGAUGGAGCAACGUCGACAUGCGGAUCGCAUCAAGUCGAUCUUCAGACCACUAGAAGAAUACAUGAUAGAAAACUUUGGCAAUUACCAGUGUCUGAACAAGUCUUUCAGCACCUUGAGGCCAAUGGCGAGUGGUAGAGCCCAGAGCGAGAGCAACGUCGUCAGCCCACCAGCCGAGCCGGCUGGAGAUUCUCGUCAAAGUGCUAUGGACGGUCUUUCUGAGCUAGACGCAAAGACUUUACUGCUAGGUGACAUUGGCGAGAACGGUACUUGGUGGACCGGAAAGGUCGAUCGAAAGCAGUCGGACAAGGCGGUCCGACGCAAGGGAGUGGGCGAAGGUUCCAAGAAGGCAGUCUCAUCAAAGUCACCCAACAUCGAUUGGUCGGAACUUGGCAGAUGGUACCGACUCGUCCACACAGCGGGCAGCAACUGGAGGGCAAAAGUCGCUCAAAUUGGACAAGACGAUCCGUCGAUGGAGAAGUCGAGCCUAGACGGGGACAUCAACGUUGAGGAGAUCGAGGACGAUUUGGUGGCAGCUCGGGAGCACGCGAUUCGAACUCUGCUUAAGAUCACAGAGAAUCUUCUAAAGCGGCCAACAAGGCCGGUGAAGGAGCCGGAAGACAUACGUUUUCUCCUCAUCCUGCUAUCUAACCCAUCACUAUAUCCAAGUAGCCAGCCACGCAGAGCAACUUCUGGCACGGGUCGAGUAUCAAGUCGCACGCAGAGCGACAGACGAAACGGAAAGCUGCAAGCCAGCCCAGUGCCGCCUUCACCGAAGAAGUCCCCUGGUCAACAGGGAGGUCAGCACAACGGACUUCUGAAGCGUAUCUUUGGUCUCAUUGCCCACUCGGCAGAGAAUUGCCAUCGCUACCUGAUCAACUGGUUCGCACGCUUUGAGGAAGAGCACUUUGUCAAGACCGUAGACUUGGUUGCUAGCUUUGUCACACACCGGAUUGGACGACGACCAGGUCGUCAUAGAAGUAGGAGCGGUCUAGAUGAUGGAGGGCUCAUUCCAACGCUUUCUGGAUCGGCCAUGAGUACUUCGGCGCAGCUUCACUCGGCAAUGGGUCUGAGCGGGUCUGUCAAGAAGUCUGGAGAGGAUCCCAACUCCGAGCCGCAAUGGGCUGGAGAUUGGCAGGUCAAGGCUGCGGCGAGAGUCAUGUCACUCCUUUUCACAGCCAACAAUAUUUGGUCUGGUGCCUCUCGCCCGUUGGGCGCGUCUCGAGUGGAUUCUCUCCUCUCUGGCACCAGCAUCUCACCACAAGCAAGAGCGCGCAGGAGUGGACAGCUUCUUCACACAUCCAGCUUCUACAACACCUUACUGGACUAUCACGAUAUGAUCGCGGAUUUCAAAGUAUGGGAGGCGAGGCGCGACAAGUUUGCUUUCUGUCAAUAUCCACUUUUCCUUUCCAUGGGCACCAAGAUCAAGAUUCUGGAGUACGAUGCUCGUCGCCAGAUGGAGAGCAAGGCUCGGGAAGCCUACUUCGACCAGGUCAUCAGACAGAGGGCAAUCGAUGGUAACUUUCACCUGCGCGUUCGACGGGAGUGCAUGGUGGACGAUAGUCUGCGACAGAUCAGCGAAGCAGUCGGUUCGGGCCAAGAAGAGCUGAAGAAGGGUCUCAGAGUGCAUUUCACCGGUGAGGAGGGCGUCGAUGCGGGAGGACCGAGGAAAGAAUGGUUUCUGAUGCUGGUGCGGGAUAUUUUCGACCCCAAUCAUGGCAUGUUCGUCUACGACGACGAGUCAAACACAUGCUAUUUCAACGCGAACUCAUUCGAGACGUCGGACCAGUAUUACCUGGUUGGCGCAUUACUGGGCCUCGCCAUCUAUAACAGCACCAUUCUGGAUGUCGCUUUCCCUCCUUUCGCCUUCCGCAAACUUCUCGCAGCCGCUCCAUCCUCCAUCACCAAUGCCUCCAACGUUUCCUCACUCACAGGCACGAAGGGGCAAAUGACCUACACCGUCUCGGACCUGGCCGAAUUUCGGCCGUCUCUCGCGGCCGGUCUUCAACAGCUCCUCGAAUUCGAGGGCGACGUCGAGAGUACGUACUGCAGGGACUUUGUCGCUCCCGUCGAGCGCUACGGCACGGUGCAGAACGUCCCACUGAUCCCGAACGGGGAGAACACGCCCGUGACGAACGCGAACCGCCACGAAUUCGUCGACGCUUACGUACGCUACUUGCUUGAUACGGCUGUUUCCCGGCAAUUCGAGCCUUUCAAGCGAGGCUUCUUCACCGUCUGUGCGGGCAAUGCGCUCUCCCUUUUCCGGGCGGAGGAGAUUGAACUGCUGAUCCGCGGUAGCGACGAGGCGCUGGAUGUCGACUCCCUGCGCGCGGUGGCGGUGUAUGAGAACUGGAAACAUUUCCAGCCGCCGCACGCGCAGAUUGCGAAUCCGAGCGAGAGCGUGCCGGUGAUUGGGUGGUUCUGGGAAUUAUUUGCCGAGGCCAGCCCGGAGAGGCAGAGGAAGUUGUUGACGUUUAUCACGGGCACGGAUCGGAUUCCCGCCGUCGGGGCGACGAGUCUGGUGUUGCGGAUCGUGGCUGGUGGAGAUGGAUGGGGCGGGGGAGGCAAAGAGGAACGGGAGAGGUUCCCGGUUGCCAGGACGUGUUUCAAUAUGUUGGUGCUUUGGAGGUAUGACUAUCGAGAGCAAUUGGAGGAGAAACUGUGGAGGGCGGUGGAGGAGAGCGAAGGGUUUGGAUUGAAGUGA